GUGCAGUGAGCAGAAGCACCGUCACUGCUCAGGCUCCAGCUGACGUUCAGCUUCACAGCGGCCCGAGGAAGAGCAUCCGAAGGCAGACACGCUUGUCAUCGCUGAGGAGGGUGAUCAGUUUUACUGAAAGGGGAAAAGACAGAAACAGAAAGUCAGGGAGAAGGGAUGGCCUUGUGCGACAUAACAGAGGAUGACCUGAAUGAACUGAUGCGGGAGGAGGCGGAGGAUGUCUUCUUCGAUGGAGUGUCCUCCCGCUUCCCAGAGAUCAUGGCGGCCGGCACUCACUCUCCUGGAGGGCCCAAUGGAAUCAUCCGUAGCCAGUCCUUCGCCGGCUUCAGCACCCUGCAGGAGAGACGCUCACGGUGUAACUCGUUCAUGGGGAACUCAGCAGUGCAGAAGAAGCCCACCUCCAAGCCCAAGAAGCCCCAUCUGUCUGGGCACAAGUCCAGCAGCAGCAGCUCACAUGAACCACAGCCUAAAAGAGUGGAGGAGGUGUAUGGAGCACUGAAACAGGGCCUGGAUGAGUAUUUGGAAGUACACCAGGUGGAGUUGGACAAGCUCACCUCUCUCAUGAAGGAUAUGAAGAGGAACUCCAGAUUGGGAGUGUUGUACGAUCUCGACAAGCAAAUUAAGACCAUUGAGAGAUAUAUGCGACGGCUCGAGUUUCACAUUAGCAAGGUUGAUGAGCUGUAUGAGGGGUUCUGCAUUCAGAGGAGGCUGCAAGAAGGAGCCAGCAAGAUGAAGCAAGCCUUCACUGCCUCACCAUCAACGAAGGGCACAAGAGACAGCCUGGCUGAGGUCAACCGUCGCUAUAAAGAAUAUACAGAGAACAUGAGCACUUUCGAAUGGGAGCUGGAAAACCUGUUGGGGGAAUUUCAUAUCAAAAUGAAAGGUUUGGCUGGCUUUGCUAGGCUUUGUCCAGGCGAUCAGUAUGAGAUUUUCAUGAGGUACGGUCGGCAGCGGUGGAAGCUGAAAGGGAAGAUCGAGGCUAACUCCAGGCAGAGUUGGGAUGGAGAGGAGAUGAUCUUCAUGCCGCUUAUCACAGAUCUCAUCUCAAUUAAGGUGACUGAGCUGAAGGGGCUUGCCACUCAUGUCCUGGUGGGCAGUGUUAUCUGUGAGACAAAGGACCUGUUUACUGCUAUGCCUCAGGUUGUGGCUGUGGAUGUCAAUGACCUGGGCACCAUCAAACUGAACCUGGAGGUGACCUGGUUUCCAUUUGAUGUGGAGGAUCUUACCCUGUCCUCUGGUAAUGUGAGCAAAGCUACGGCCCUGCAGAGGCGAGUAUCUGUGUACAGUCAGGGCACCCCGGAAACGCCCACUUUCCAGGACACGUCCUUCUUUUCCACUCUGCCUGAUGACGUUUUUGAGAAUGGUGGCUGUGGGGUGGCCGAGUGCAAGCGGCUCUCCUUCACUUUCUCUGACACCUCCACCUCCAGCCCUGGCCCUGGUCAGUCAAACCCUGAGAUCACAGUCACCCCCCCUGAGACAGACCCUCAACUACAGCUCCCUCCUACAGAACAUCAGCCGGCAGAGGAAGAAGGAGGCGAGGAGGAGGAGGAGAGCGGCAGUGUGAGCGCAAGCCUGGCCAGUGCUAGUGAAGCAGACUCUGAGCGGGACUGGGAGGGCCAGGGGACUGGCUGUGGCUCUCUGUCCUCUGAGGGCCAGCUGUCUGCCGUUGGGCCUGAGGACGUGGUGUUCCUGGAGCACGGAGGACCUGAUGAAGCCUCAGAGCUGAAGCCGGUGGAGCUGGAUGGGGAAGAGGGCAGUCUGACCAGGCAGCUGGUCAGGAGGCUGACCUCAUCUGAAAUCUUACCCGAGGCUGGGGCUCUGAGCUGGGCAGGAGAGGGCAGCAGAGCUUUUCUCGAGAGCAGCCUGGAGGAGGCCAUCCAGAGCCUGCUGCUGAGGCUAGAGAGCCUUGGCCAGCGCUGCAGGGAGCUGCAGGACCUCGAGCAGGAAGUGAUGAAAUUAGAGGACCUGCUGAAGUGCCGAGGGCCUGCUCACAGGAGCCGCUCGUCCAGCCUUAGCCUGACAGUGGAGAGUGCCCUGGAGAGCUUUGACUUCCUCAACACCUCUGAUUUUGAUGAUGAGGACACUGGGGAUGACAACGCCGCUGUCACACGCUCUGUGUUCUUUGAUAUGGAGGCGGAAAGGAUUGGGCCUGGACAGCACCCAGAGGCCAGAGGGCACCUGAGUGAAGCCCUAACGGAGGACACAGGAGUGGGCAACAGUGUGGCUGGCAGCCCUCUGCCACUCACCACAGGGAACGAGAACCUGGAUGUUGCCAUCGUUAUUCACCUGCAGUACUGCAACCACCUCAUUCAGCUGUUGACCUCAGGAGGAAGCCCAUGGCAGCACAAGGAUCAUCUGAACAAGCUCUCAACACAAAUCCUCCUUCUGGAGGAGCUCACCGAGAACAGCAUAGAGCGGCUGGGCAGCAUCAGCUCCGCAGCAGAUGUACUACCUGGACUGGCGGAGCGACCGUCGCUGUUGGCACUGUGGUCUGAGUGCAGUGGUUCUGCUGGCCUUUUCCACACUACACUAGACCGAGUGCUCAAACACAUGCAUCACAGCUUUACUGCACCACUGCAGGAGACGCACCCACACAGUGCAGACUCAGUAAUCAGGCUGGUAGUAAGUGAGAUGGUGGACAGAAGUGACCUGGCCUCCUGCCCUUGCCCCUCCCCCUCCUCUUUGGCCCAGGAUGUGCUGACAGUGUUUCAGUUCCACAGCUACGCCACCCAGCACAACGUCACAGACAUGGAACAACACCUUCUGAAUCUGGCCAGAGAGGCUGUGUUUGCAGAGCGUCUGACUUACGGUGAUUCAGAGCGCUCUGUAGAGGAGCUGCAAGAGAUAUCAAUCACCUGCCUUCAGCCCCGCCCACAAACCCUGCGCGCCCUGGGCGGCCUGCUGACGUCUGAUGACCCUGAGCUCUGCAAGGCCGCCUCUGCCUUCCUUUCUAAUGCUGCCUCACAUCCACCUUUCAGAUCAAAGGCAGUGGAUUGCUACACUCAGGCCUUAUCAGAAGCGGGGGUGCACACACAGAGAGCUGCUUGUGCUGCUCUGAGCUGCCUGCAGGCUGUGGAGAGCAUUAAUGCGAUCGUGUCACUGUGUGACUCGGCCGACGAAGAGCUCCGCCAUGUUGCCAUAGAAACUCUGCUCACAUUUGGUGAGGACGGUCGACUGGCAUACGAGCAGUUGGACACAGUGCCCAGAGAGAUGGUGCGACUCGGAACGCGCCGAGGCAACGCUGUUACCACGGCCUUCUGAGAGGAGCUGGAUAACCCUGGAGGAUACCCAGCUUUACUCCUUUAAUCUGUGGCCCAAUGCCAGUCCAGGCAUUUCUGAUCUUAAAUCUGAGAGCGUGCCACACUGAGCACUUUACAGCUUCUCAAAUCAGCUGCUCCACAGCAGGGCUCCUCCUCGCACCGAGACUUCUGAAGCCAUUUCCCUCUGUACAGAUGGGUUACAGCAGUACACUUAUCACUUUUAUGGUCAUGAGCAUUCAUAUCUGUAUUGAUCUUACAGUAAUAACAAUCUUUGUUACUAUCGUUUAAUUAUUUGUUAAUAUUAGUCGAUGUUCCUGAAUUUUGCACUUAUCAGAGGCAUGUAAAUAGAGCACAUGAUUAUCUGUGUAUUGUGUGGCAUACCCUAUCUGAACUACCUGAGCUACCUGAGAGCUGUCUGGCUUCCUGUUCGGUUUCAGGAAUACUGAGGGACAGGUUUAAUUUAACCCUCCUAGUUACUGUGUGUAAGAAAGAAAAUGUGUGUGUGUGUGUGUGUGUGUGUAUGAGUGAUGUAAGUUAACACUUACUGUUAGGAUAACUGGACACGGUUUAAGUGGAUCAUUUUAAGAACAGACACCAGGAGCACAGAUCUGUUCAUCGCAUUAAGUUCUUUUAUUGAUGGACCAGUGAGCAAAAAGGUUGAUUGAUCGAUCGAUCGAUUUAUUGUUUGAGUGACCGCCAGCCUGCUUGCCUUUAACCUAUCGAGGGUUAGUAUUGCCUUGUCUGGAACAAUGCGCAGUGUGAAGCACAAGAAGCAUGAAGGCCUGCCCGAGGAGAUAUUCUUCAGAUGUUAUUCCAGAGAUAUAUAUAGUAGAAAUACUAUGGGGAGUUUGAAACCUCAGUCACUCAAGGACAGACCUGGACCGUGCUGCGGGUUUGCUGAACGUAUGUGUGUGAGCGUGUGUGUAUGUAUAUAUAUAUAUGUUAAACUGCACUUUUUUUGCUAUAUGGAGUAAGAGAAGUGUUAAUGGAUUUACUGUGAAUUUUUUGGUGUUUAACUUCAAUGAAGACUGGAAGUACAGUGCUCUGUGAUCCAACUAGCUUCUGUGCCUAUCGUAACUGUACUACUGAGUCACAUUUAUCAUUUCCUGUGGCGACUGAUUUCUCAUGACUUAAUUUAUUUUAUACUUGUUUUAGUUGUUCGUCGUUUUCUUUUUAAACACACAAAAUGGAUUGUAACUGCAAUACAUAUACUACUAAACAAGCUAAUUUUAUUUAUGUGAACGUUUAAUACAGUACUCCAGUACUUACUGAGAUUACAGUGAUUACUGAGAUACUCCCUCAGCCACACACAUAAAUAUUGCUCAUAAUUAAUGUUUAAUGUAUAUUUGUAUGCUUUUUUGUUUGUUUGUUUUUGUCAGUUUUGAAAGGUGUUCUCCCGAAUAUUUAAGGCCAUGUUCACAUGUAUCUGGAUAUUUUUAAAAAACUAUUUUAAAAACGUUUUUUUUUUCUUUUAUUUAACUUACUGUCCAAACUAAAAAAGAAGCUUCAAGAGAUUUAAGAAAACUCAGUUUUCAUGUUCCACUUUAUUCCCUAUAUAGUGAACUACAUGAGUCAUAAAGCAAAUAACUACCUUUGUCAACCUAUGAAUACAUGUAAAUACUGUUCUUACCAAUAUAAAAAAUAUUAUAGAUUUUAUAUAGAUUUAAAAUCUGUCAUUCUGUGACUUACAAAGUACAAUAUAUAGAGAGCACCAUGUCAUUUGGAAUUAAACCAGUUUUUUCCCUCCUUCUUCAUGGUGUGUUGAUAUCACUCUUUUAUAAGAUAUUAUAGAGUUAAGAGUGAGUGAGGGAGCGGAAUCUAAUUUUAAUAAUAUCUGAACACAUGUGAACUGGGCCUAACAUACCUCAGUACCUGUAACUUUAAUUGCAAUAUAAUAGGAAUCCCCUUCCCUUUUACUGUUUUUACAAUUGAAGAUAUUUUAAUCACUCAGUGUACACGUAUAUGGUUGUGUAAACAAGGAAUUAGUUUUUUUGUAACUGCUAAAAGAAUUACACCAAAGGAAAAAGCAGGAAAGCCAGAAAAGUCACUGAAGAAACACAUUUCACAAAGAAUGUACUGAGAGAACACGGAUAUUCCCUGUAACAAAAUAAUCAAGCACAACUGAACUAUUUCUCUUUUUAUGAUUCCUAUAAUAAUCUGUUAAACUGUCAUAAGAAACUGCACAAAUUUUCUAAAGCCAUAACUGAUGUAAAACCAGUUCAAGCCUGAAGUCUGAAUUGUUUUUUUUUAACCUGAAUCAGUAUAUAUUGAUCUAUAAAUGAGGCCUUUAGUCCAUUAGUCAUAUUACCAGUUUGCCAGUUUGAAGUUCUUGUUGGUUCUGUGAAUUAUUAUUCUCAUUAUCACAGUGUUUCUGUGCUUGAGCGUCACUCUUCAAGGGAAUUGUUUUCUUUGUACAUAUAGUACAUAAGUACAUAUUAAUUAAGAUGAUUAAGUGUAAUGAUGCACAUUGAUAUGCUUUAUUCAAGUCCAAGGUAACGCAAAAACGUUCACUUUUUUACUUUUUUUGUUGUUUGUUUUUCUUUUUUCCACUUAAAGCUUCUGAAACCCUGGUAAAUAUUAUAGUAUUAAUGUCUGUCCUGAUUUUUUUUUUUUUUAUGACCAAUGUUGAGGGCUUGUCCUAUUCUACAGCGUUUUAGUCUAUAACCACUUGGUUUGAACAAAAGCAGAAACUUUGCUGUCAUGUCUGUUCCAUAGCAAUUUCUCGAUUUGAUUUUCAUCUGUUGAGUUUACAGUAUUUCCUCUGUCUAUUGAAAGUGGCAAUAAAGUUUAUUUUUGCAGAAUUA